CCCGCAGUGACUCCAGGGAUGAAGAUCUACAUUGACCCGUUCACAUACGAGGAUCCCAACGAAGCCGUACGAGAGUUUGCCAAAGAAAUCGACAUUUCCUGUGUGAAGAUCGAGCAGGUGAUUGGAGCAGGGGAGUUCGGAGAAGUUUGCAGUGGACAUCUGAAGCUUCCAGGUAAGCGGGAGGUCUUUGUGGCCAUCAAGACGCUGAAGUCGGGGUACACGGAGAAGCAGCGGCGAGACUUCCUCAGCGAGGCCAGCAUCAUGGGGCAGUUCGAUCAUCCCAACGUCAUCCACCUGGAGGGUGUUGUCACCAAGAGUUCUCCCGUCAUGAUCAUCACCGAGUUCAUGGAGAACGGAUCGCUGGACUCCUUCCUACGGCAAAACGACGGUCAGUUCACGGUGAUCCAGCUGGUGGGGAUGCUGAGGGGGAUCGCCGCGGGGAUGAAGUACUUGGCGGAUAUGAAUUACGUCCAUCGGGAUCUGGCCGCUCGGAACAUUUUGGUGAACAGUAAUCUGGUGUGUAAGGUCUCCGACUUCGGUCUGUCGCGCUUCCUGGAGGACGACACCUCGGACCCCACGUAUACCAGCGCCCUGUGUCUCUUCCAGGGCGGGAAGAUCCCCAUCCGGUGGACGGCACCAGAAGCCAUUCAGUACAGGAAGUUUACGUCGGCCAGCGACGUCUGGAGUUACGGCAUCGUCAUGUGGGAGGUGAUGUCAUACGGAGAGCGGCCGUACUGGGAUAUGACCAAUCAGGACGUUAUAAACGCCAUUGAGCAGGAUUACCGGCUGCCGCCCCCCAUGGAUUGCCCCAACGCUCUCCACCAACUCAUGCUGGACUGCUGGCAGAAGGACCGCAACCACCGGCCCAAAUUCGCUCAGAUAGUCAACACGCUGGACAAAAUGAUCCGAAAUCCCAACAGUCUGAAGGCCAUGGCGCCGCUGUCGUCUGGGAUAAACCUCCCGCUCCUAGACCGCACCGUCCCCGACUACACCAGCUUCAGCACGGUGGACGAGUGGCUGGACGCCAUCAAGAUGGGCCAAUACAAGGAGAGCUUUGCCAGCGCCGCAUUCACGGCCUUCGAUGUCGUCUCACAGAUGACUAUGGAGGACAUUCUCCGGGUCGGGGUCACGUUGGCCGGCCACCAGAAGAAAAUCCUCAACAGUAUUCAGGUGAUGCGGGCGCAGAUGAACCAGAUCCAGUCGGUGGAAGUUUGAUGGCCGGAAGACUUCCUCCUCCUGACUCUUCCUGACGUAC